AAUGAAUGAAUGACGAGGUCAUCUUACUUCAGUUCAAUGAAAACCGACAAAUCCAGGGUUGGUAUUGACUGCAACAAUUCAUAUCUUUCAAUGAAUUUUGUGGACGACGAUGAAGGGAGUACAAAAUUUUUUUGAUGAUCUGAACCAAAAAGAUUGUCUAUUUAUUCACAGUGUCAUUAAAACUUCUCUGCUCAUCAACCAAAAAACAGAGAAAGAACAGAGAACACACCUCAUCAGCAAUCCAUAUCAGCUUUUUCAGUCAUGAGUUUGAUUCCAUUUUUUCUUUUACUUGUUUUGAGUUUGAAUUUGAUCAAGAAAUGGAAGAAGAAGAAGAAGGGAUCCAAUGAAAUGAAGAAACUUCCACCAGGGCCAUGGAAGCUGCCCAUCAUUGGAAAUCUGCAUCAAUUAAUGGGUUCACUUCCUCAUCAUGCCAUCACAAAACUAGCCCAAAAACAUGGUGAUUUGAUGCAUCUUCAGCUCGGAGAGGUUUCAGCCAUUGUCGCAUCGUCUCCACGUACAGCGAAAGCGAUUCUCAAAACAAAUGAUCUUGCUUUUGCAGACAGGCUAGAUUGUUUGGUUGGGGAGAUCAUAGUAGACAACAGUUUGGACAUUGCAUUUGCUCCAUACGGCGAAUACUGGAGACAGAUGCGAAAAAUAUGUACGUCGGAACUCCUCAACAACAAAAUGGUCCGAUCACUGAGUUCGAUUCGCCAAGACGAGGCGUUGAACCUGGUUUCAUCGAUCCGGGAAGAAGCCCUGUUGCAUCCAAAACAGGGUAUAAAUUUGACCAAAAAGGUGUCCUCGUACACGAGUUCGAUGGUUUGCAGAGCGGCAUUUGGUCGAGCGUUUGGAAGGCAUUAUCAGGACAAGCUGAUCGAGAUUCAGAAGGAAGUAUUGGUUUUGACCAGUGGGUUUGAUGUUUCUGAUGUUUUUCCAUCCUGGAAAACUCUUCAUCACUUAAGCUUGAUGAAGCCUAAGCUGAGGAGAUUGCGAGACAGAAUUGAUGAAAUCUUUGAUAUUGUAAUUCAAGCACAUGUGAAGAACCCAAGUGGGAGAAACGGUGAGUUCGGACAAGAAGAUCUAAUUGAUGUUCUGUUGAGGAUCAAACAAACUGGUGGUGACCUCCAUUUUCCACUAACCAACUCAAGUAUCCGGGCUUUAAUCUUGGACAUAUUUCUAGGAGGAACUGAAUCUUCAACGGCCACAGUGGAAUGGGCAAUGGCAGAAUUAAUGAGAAAUCCAAGAAUAAUGGCGAAGGCACAAUGUGAAAUCAGGAAAGUGUUGUCACCGGAACAAGAAACUAUUGAAGAGAAAGAUAUUCAAGAAUUGAGUUAUUUGCAGUUAGUAAUUAAAGAAACUUUACGACUUCAUCCUCCUGGGCCGUUCUUGAUUCCGAGGAAUAACAGGGAACAGUGUGAGAUUGACGGAUACAUCAUCCCUCUCAAAACAAGAGCUAUAGUUAAUGCUUGGGCGAUUGGAAGAGAUCCUAAUUAUUGGGACGAUCCAGAAAUUUUCAAACCAGAGAGGUUUGAAAACAAUCCCAUUAACUUUACGGGAAGCGAUUAUGAAUAUUUACCUUUUGGUGGGGGUAGAAGGAUGUGUCCUGGGAUUUCAUUUGGUUUAGCUAACGUUGAAGUUCCAUUAGCUUAUCUGCUCUACAACUUUGACUGGAGACUCCCAGAAGAUGUUGAAAAUAUUGGUUUUGACAUGGAAGAAACCUAUGGACUUACCGCAACAAAGAAAAACAACCUUUUCUUAGUUGCCUCCAAGUACGAAACUCUUGGUAAACCAUAAAAUAUAGGGGGCCAGUUAAUAUUUUGUGUGCCAAUUUUACGCUAUUGUUAAUUGAUAAACGAUUGGAAUCAUAAAUAAAUACCAUAUAUCAUUAUCUCCGGUGAGUUAUGUGUGAAUUAUUAGUAGUAAUAAGGCGAGAUUGAUAGAUAAAUAGAAGUGAAAAAAUGUGAGUGUUUUACCUUUUGUGGA